AUGUCGGCACUGACCACCACGCAGAGGGAAGCCAAAGAUCUGGUCGAGAGUCUGAAGAAACAGCUGAAAAAAGCAGAAGCCUUGGAGGCAGUCGAAGAGUUUGCGGAGGAGCUGAACUCCCUAUCUGGUGAGAAUUGUGAAGUUGGGAAUCUUGGCCCUACCGUUUUCACGAAAGUGUUCGACAAUGCCAAGACUCUGGUCGACACGGGAUCACCAGCAACCAUCAUAUCUAUGAGAAGAAAAAUCAAUCUAGAGAGCAAUGGAAGACUGACACUCUGA